AAUAAGAUUAUUUCCUCUUGUUUUUAAUAUCCUUCCGCCCACGCGGGCAUGUUGAUGAUGUGAGCGGACAUCAUCGCGGCGAUGCGAACAGGUGUAUUUUUGGAGUAUGAAUUGAAUCUCCGGCCGUGUGUAGGGAUCCGAGCUGCGCUUGCAUGCAGUCGAUAUGAGUGCAUAUUAGGCAAUUGUACACCCGGAGCUUAGGCGAUUGGUUCUCUCUCAACGCUAAUAUGAUCAUGGAAUCGUUAAAUAAUUACGAGGGACGAAAUGAUCAUUUCCGUGAAGAAGCGAGAUAUUUGAUACGAGAUCUUCACUUGAACAAUUCUAACGGUCAAUCAAGAACUGAUAAUCAUGGAAGGAGAGAAAAACAGUCUCAACAACGGACAUUUGACAAUAAUUUGCAUGUUCAUCGCCAAAAACAAGAUGUAGAUUUGAUUGCAUCUUCAUCAAAUGAUGCUGGAGAUCGCAGACAACAUCAUCAACAUCGAGGAGGAAUGGGGCAGCCUGUAGGAGCUGAGCUAGGAUUAUUGGGAGCUGGGGAUUACGAGCUCAUGGAUGGUAAUUCGGGUUUGUUGGAACAUACGAGUGGACCUGGUCCCGACAUGGUCAGUGGUCAUCGUGCGUCGACGGGUACUGGCCAGCCCCCGCCGGGAAAUAUGGCGGCCUCCAGUCGAGUGGUUUCAAACGACUGGAAUCGCAAUGGUCAUUCAUCGGUCGGACAAUUUGAUCGGCAUAACUGGGACUCGCCACCACCUGGAUUGAAAUCAGACAAGAAAUCCAUGUAUGUGACAGGAUAUUCUGCCAACCUCAAGUCUAGUUACCCGCCACAAUCUCAAGGAUCCAAAUAUGGAAUGUCGAGGUCAAACUCAGCGGCCAAUGCGAACGAGCGACUUGCAAGCGGUGAAAUAUCUCCGACAUUAGUCACGGAGUCUCAUACAAAAAACCGUGGUUUACGGCCAAACGAAAGGAACUCGGCGAUAUCUGCAUUUGACCCUUCACCUUCGCAGUCGAAUUCAUGCGGAAGGGAGUCGUAUGACAGAUCUGUUAUUUCCAGAAAUUCGUCACAAACAAGGUCUGAAGCGCGAUCGACUUGGAUUACCGACGAUUUGUGUCCCCCGCGUUCGGUAGCACAAACUCGAGAUUACAACGCGGGAGGCUACGGCGGUGUAGUCUCACAGACUUCGCAUGUAUCGGGUACCUCUCUCCAUAGGAAUGAUCAGACCGUCGUAAGCGAUGCUGCUCUUGAUGACAGACGGCGUGAUUUCCACCAUCAGCGUGAUUCAUUUUCAACUGCCCACCACCAGCGGGAAGCCUCAUAUUCCAACAUCAACAACGGCCAACGAUCUGGAAGUGUUUCUUCAGGGCAUGCACGAGGUUCUCCUGCCGGAUCCCAACGAUCAUCAAUAGCUAGCAACAGCUCCGGAGACACUUCCUCUUCUCAUAGCAACAGGAGCCAAGGAGGAGGUGUGGGUCCAGAAAGGAGAACAUCCUUUAGGUCGCAAGGAGCGCAACAUCCCAGCGAGAGAAACCACAGCGUACCUCCAGACAUCUACCCCUCCCAUCAGCAUACCAAUUCCUUCCUACCGGCACCGAAAAUCCGCUCAAACUCUCACGACCAUCCUUACCCAGCGCAACAUUCCACGGACUACCAGGAUCUAUGGUCUGCGCAGUCCCAAGGAGAAACUGAACAGGGUGAUAUGUCCCAGGCUAGGAGACCACAGUCUUCCAGUAAUAUUGCAAGUGGUAAAAUAAGUAGUGAAAGAAACAUGCCUCUUCCAGAAGGCAACUCAGGUGCGAGAGUCGCCGACAGGGCGGCAAUGUACACAACCCCAGCGACGCCAAUAAAUGCUUCCAACUCGAAACAAUCUCAAGCCAGUGUAAGACCAAAAACUGGCUCCGGACAUUCACAAGGGGGUGUGCCAAUGAAUUCGAACAAGUCCACAAACCCCCUUUUACGAUACGAGGUUGUUCAAAAGAAAUCAAAUGGACCUUCUGAAGCCGAGAGAAAAUUGGAGGAACUUACGCAGCAAUUAGAAAAAGAACUGGAAGAAAACCCAGAGGGAGAAGAAUUUGGGUACUGUGUGAAGUGUGGAGAGAAGGUGACAGGUGCAGGCCAGGCAUGCCAAGCUAUGGGCAACCUCUACCACACAACCUGCUUCACAUGCUGCUCCUGUGGCCGCACAUUGCGAGGAAAAGCAUUUUACAAUGUUCAUGGGAAAGUAUACUGCGAGGAAGAUUACUUGUAUUCUGGAUUCCAACUGACGGCUGAGAAAUGUGCUGUAUGUGGUCACCUGAUCAUGGACACUAUUCUUCAAGCGAUGGGCAAGUCCUAUCAUCCAGGCUGCUUCAGGUGUGUAGUCUGCAACCAAUGCCUUGAUGGCGUCCCCUUUACCAUCGAUGUGGAUCAGAAGAUAUACUGCGUCAAAGACUAUCACAAGACAUAUGCUCCAAAGUGUGCUGCGUGUAUCGAGCCCAUAACACCGGGCACAAUGGAAACCGUGAGAGUCGUGUCCAUGGAUAAAGACUUCCACGUUGAAUGCUACCGCUGUCAUGACUGUAACCUUCAGUUGUCUGAUGAUGACGGCCAUCGCUGCUACCCACUCACCGAUAAACUCCUCUGCUACAAUUGCCACAUAGCCAGGAUAGCCCCCAGCUCUGAUCUUAGCCCCGGUCUGAGCUACGCCGGUUCCGGCCCCCUGUCAGAGGAGGACUCCACCGCCGUCUACUCCCCUCAGAUCUCCCCCAGCACCACCUACCCGGUAGUCAGCCCCCCUACCUCCCCACCGUCGGCCUCGCCUCACCACGCCCGGGAAGCCUCCUUCUCAGGCAGAGCAACCUAUGACCCCUCCGUCAAGUCGGGGUCGCUCCCGUCGGAACCACCGCAGUACACACCCGCUCCUUACAGUGGCGGCAGCAGCAGCACCGGAGGUCAAGUCUACCGUGCCUCUCCACCACCACCAUCAGACCCCCCUCCUUACUCCCCUCAUGACCCCCUCAAAGCCAGUAACCCACCUCAACCUCAGAAGACGAACACUGGACACUACUCGUACGGUAGCAGACCGGGCCCACAGGUUAGACGCAACGGCCGUCAUGAUAGCGGUUCACGAGAACAAGAGUCUGUAAAUGAUACUUCACUAGGUGGCUACCGAGUGACCGACCUGUAAUGUAGCAUAGCAAUCCAUAUUCCAAUCCUCCAUAAUAAUGUGUAGUAUUGGUCUGAAACACCCAUUUGCAAGAGAGACUGAACUAUGAAAACAUUUUAUAUCAUUGAAACAGUAUUAAAUUAUUUUGUCAGAUCUCAAACGAAGGUUCUCUAGUGAUGAUAUAGUAUUUUAAAUGUUCGUUAUAAGCUUCCAUAACAUCAAGUUGAAUCUAUACUAUUUGUUGAAAAUUAGGCUAAGAAGUGCUUAUUAACUUUAUAUUAAGUUUAGAUUAUGAACAAAAUUAUGCUAUAUAAACUUGGUAGGCUAUGAGCUUUAUUUACAGUGCUUUACAAGGCAGGUGAUAUAGAAAAAUGAUUUACUUCUUUACUACCAGUAUGCCAUUGUCAGCAAGUUUUUAACACAAGAUAUUGGUGUCUGAUUGGUUUAGAUAAAGGUGUCUUAUAAAUUAAGUGCGUGAAUGUGACUAGAUGGAAAUCAAACGUCAGUUUUAUUAUCCCACCUCUUACAGCUAUGUCUCCUAUGCAAUGGUGAUGAUUAUUUUUAUUCAUCUGCCUGAAGGAAGCUAACUACUUCUAUCUAUAAGAGGCUUAUCUUUAGCUUCUUUCUUUGGGAAGAUUUUCAUUCAUAUAGCAUAGUCGUCAUUGCCUAUUUUUAACAUUGUCGUUCAAACCCAAUUGAGCUUAGUUAAUAGUGUUUGUCUGCGUUUUUAUGAAUCAUCAAAUAUAUGUACACUGUCUGUAUAACAAUUCAUACAUUUUUGUUUCCAGCUAAACACGCAUUUGACAGUAAUGUUUUGUGUACUCGCAUUUCCUUUUAAUACAUUUUGGAUAGUUGUAAUGAAGCUAAUUUCAUUAAAACACAGGUAUGUCGGUUCAACAAGCAAGCAUUGAAAAUGUGUUUUCAAUAAUCAUAUGCUGUAUGUUUGAAUUACACUGAACAGAACUGGAGGUUGAAACUACACGAGUGUGUACAGACCAACGUUAUUAGGUAAUUCGGGUAGAAUGCAAAACCAAAACAUAAUUCUUAAGAUUACUUUGACUGAAGAUUGACCGAGCGGGUGAUUUUAAAUUGAUUUGUAAUUUCCUAAAAACAGGAGAUGGAAGGGAACAAUGCAAAUAUAUCUGGUGUGUCUUCUGUACCACAAAAACCAGCAAAUUUAAUAUUAAGAGUAUUAUAUGCUGCCAUACUUUGUAAAAUAAUGAGUGGCAACUGCUACUUUUUUAAUGACCAGUAUUAAUAAAUGCUUUUCUGCCUUUAGUACAGGAUAAAAACCCUUGAUUAAGUGGGUUGAGUUAUCGUGAGUCUGCUAGUUCAUGGAGCGUGAAGAGUCAACCUCCCGUGAUCUUCUCAUUUAUCUUACAAUUUCCAUCGUCACAUCACAUUGAUUUCUCAUUUUGAUUUUGUCAAAGUAAGAGAAGAUUAGACAGGUUGACUCUUUGCUCUCCUCGAAUCGAUGGACUUGGUUAAACCAGAUUUAACUGCAGUUGAAUAUGAAGAAUAUUGAAUAGUGGCUAAUAACAGUGUCUUCCAAACAAAUGUGAAAUAUUUUCUUGCAUAGUAUAGAAAGAAAUGAGCUCUCUAGAUUUGCUAGUGGAAUAUAUAUGAAAUUUAUAAAAGAAUAUACUUUUAUUGAAGUAAGAAAGAGUGGAUUUUUCUUUUUUUUUAGUCUGCCAUGAGAUGAUAUCUUUAAAAAGCACUAGUUAUGCAAGGGACCGGUCGAGAGGCCAUUUCAGAAGAAAUCUGCUUCUGUGUAUGACGAUUAUUGUAAGGUGCUUGAUAUGAGAUGUAGAAACUAAAUAUUUUUAUUCGUCUUCCAUUAUAUUUGCUGAUAAUUAUAUGGAUGGGUAAAUCUAAAAAUUGAGCUCUUUAGUCAACAUAUUAGAUCAAAUGAAACUGUUUAACCAUUAUACAAAGUAUAUGUUUCAUUAUUUUCAAAAGGCAGAAGUUGGCUUGAAAAUAGUGAUUUUUUUUUCUACAAAUUAUUUUUAUUUAUCGAUUGAUUUUUUUUGUCUGUCCAUGUGAUGUGAUCUAUUUUAACUUUAAUAUCUUUGACAAAUUUCUUAAAUAAUAACUUACGCAAAACCAAUCCAAAUCAUUAUGGACUGCCAGCCUGCCAGGUAAUGCAAGGAAAAGGAAUUCUUUCAAAGAAAAUGUGGAGAAAGUUAUUUAGAAUUAUCAAGGAAGGUAAUUAUCCACCGGUUUUCACUCAAACAAAU